AUUGCAAAUUUGCAAUAAUAUCUUUGAAGUUGGCAACAAAAAAGGUAUCCAAUCUUGAAAAACAUUCAUACUAAAACUCACCCCAUUACUUAUCCUCAUCUCCUUUACAUUCCUCAAAAAAAGCAACACUAAUUCACAAGAUAAACCAACUGAUCUAGAUGGAUAUAGCAGGAGGUCUGUCAAUUGUGCAAACUGUGCUCCAACUGCUGGCCUCUCCCAUUUGGUUGGAGACUCAAUCUUUAUUGGGUGUCAAGUCUCAGCAUAAAAAACUCAAGAAUACCAUGUCCACCAUCCAGAAUGUCCUUCUUGAUGCUGAAGUUCAAGAGCGGUUGCACAAUGGUCGCCGCACCAAUGUCGAACGUGGCAGACUUGAGAGGCUCAAGGAAGCUCUUUACCUAGCUGAUGACUUGUUUGACAAGCUUACCACACUUGCUCAUCGCAAGCAGCUCAUGUCAGGUAACAACUUCAGUAAAGAGGUAUCCAUUUUCUUCUCUCGUUUUAAUCAGCUUAGCUCAGCUUUUACUUGGUCCCAAGAGAUCAAAAAGAUCAGGGAAAUGUUGGAUGAUAUUGUCAAAGAUCAUCACCAUGACUUUGGGUUGAGACACUCGGUUGGUCUCGAAAAUAACCCAAGGGAAACACACUCCUUUGUGUGCGAGGAGGAAGAUGUGAUUAUUGGGAGAAAUAAUGAUAAGAAAAUAAUUGUGGAUAUGUUAUUAGACAGUAGUGUUGAGGAGGAUAUUUCUUUUAUUAGCAUAGUUGGGAUUGGAGGGCUGGGGAAAACUACUCUUGCCCAACUGGUUUAUAAUGAUGACAGGAUUGGAAAGGAAUUCCCUCUGAAAAUGUGGGUUUGUGUCUCUGAUGAUUUCAACGUCAAAGCGCUUGUUGGUGAAACCCUUGUUGCAGUAAACCCUGAAAUCAAGCCAGAUGGACUGAAUUUGGAGCAGCUCCAGUUGAAGCUUAGAAAAGAACUUAAUGGGAAGAAGUAUCUCCUUGUUUUAGAUGAUGUUUGGAACGAGGAUUGUGAUAAAUGGCGUAAAUUAAAAACUUUGCUGAUUGGAGGUAGGAGAGGAAGCAGGACUAUAGUGACUACUCGUUCCAAAAUGGUGGCAGAAAUUGUCGAAAGUACACAGAUACAUGAAUUAGAGGGCCUCUCAGAGGAAAACUCUUGGAAUUUGUUUGAGAGAAUGGCACUUAAACCAGAGGAACUUCCAAUGAAGCCACACUUAAUUGAAAUAGGUAAAGAAAUAGUACGAAAGUGUGCCAAUGUUCCACUUGCCAUAAGGGUUGUUGGAAGUCUUCUUCGAGGUCAGGGUGAGAAUAGGUGGCAAUAUUUGAAAAACACUGACUUGGCAAACAUAAAACAUGAUGAUCAGCUAAAUGGCAUUGUACCUGUUUUGAAGAUUAGUUACUAUUAUCUUCCGUUCCAUUUGAAGAAUUGCUUCAGUUACUGUGCUAUAUUCCCCAAGGAUUACAAGAUUAUCAAGGAAGAUUUGAUCUGUCUUUGGAUGGCGCACGGCUUCAUUAUGUCAUCAGAUGGAGAGAGUUUUGAAGAUGUAGGUGAGGAGUAUUUCAAGCAAUUAUUGCAGAGGUGUUUCUUCCAAGAUGUAGAACGGGCCGAGGGUACUGAUGAAAUUGUAUCAUGCAAAAUGCAUGACCUGAUUCAUGAUCUUGCUAAAGAAGUAUCAGGAACAGAAAUCCUGUUGUUCAAGUAUAACACAAGGUGUUUUAGCGAGAAAACACUCCAUAUAUUUAUUGAUAGAAGUACCAGUGAAGAUAGUUAUAGUAACCUCACCAAGAUGAAAAGGAUGCGUUCAGUUCUAAAUAUUAAUCUAAGAACCCCUGUUAUGUUAUCAAAAGUGGAAUAUUUAAGGGUAUUAAGCUUACAUAAUUCUUCUUUGAAAACGUUACCAGAUGAGAUAGGUAAACUGUUGCAUCUAAGAUUUCUCGACUUCUCAGAUAAUGACUGUCUUUCUAUAUUACCCACAUCUAUUGCGAAGCUUUACAACUUGCAAACAUUGAAGUUACGUAAUUGUUACAACCUCAAAGAGUUGCCAAGGGAUUUGAGGAAAUCAGUUAAUCUUAGGUACCUGGAUAUACAAUCUUGCUGGGGAUUGACACAUAUGCCUUGGGGGAUGAAUAGCAUGACAUCUCUGCAAAAGCUGACAGGGUUUGUAUUGAGUGGAAGAACCAAUGUUUUGAAUUCGGGGUCAGGUGGUGUUGGUGAGCUUGCAGAUUUGAAAAUGUUCGAUAAUCACAGUGACACCAUGAUGAUCAUCGUUAAAAAAGGUGUCAGAAAAGACGCAAUAGAAGCUAAUGGAGGGGGAUUUCUAUUAAAAGCUCAAUAUUUGAGGGAAAUCAGUUAUUUGUGGAGUGAUGACAGUAGGGCGAAUAACAAUUCAGAAGCAUUGUUGCAAGGUCUGCAACCCCAUCCUAAUAUCAGAAAGUUGAAGUUGGACUACUAUCCAGGAGUGAGGUUUCCGAGUUGGGGGGUCUCAUCAUUGAAUCUCCAAACUUGUCUCCCAAAUCUUGUCCAAUUAGAAUUCUAUUUUUGCACAAGGAUGAAACACCUUCCAUUGAUGGGUCAUCUGCGCCAUUUGAAAUUCCUUAAAUUAACCCAUUUGUCGAAAGUGGAGUAUGUGGUAAGUAGUAAGAUUAAUGGAGAUGGGGAUGCAGCAACAUCUGCAGAUGCUGACUUGGUUUUGUUUCCAUCCCUUGAAAAGCUUGGGCUUUGGAGUAUGCCAAAGUUGAAGGGCUGGUGGAAAUCAAAAUCAGAAUCAGAAUCAAAUUCAUAUUCAUAUUCACUCCAUCAGCUUUCUCAUCUGACAAUAUAUGAUUGUUGUAAUCUGACAACCUUUCCUCGCUGUCCAGAACUGAAAGAAUUCAAGUUGAAUGGUGUUCAGAGGCAACCGCCUUUCCUUCCUUUGCUCCCUUGAAAUUACAUCAUGCCAGAAACUGAAGAUACAGGGUAUAGUAACUCGGAGGUCAAGGAAAGAUGUCUGAUGCCCACUGGUUCCAACUGAAUCACUUAUGAUGCCAACUUUCUAGUAAUCUGUACUUUAGAUUUGAGUUCAUAGGAAUAAGAACAUGAAAUCCAUCAGAUUCACUGUUUAUCAGUUUUGUUAUUAAAAGGCCUGACUGGAUAAAUCGAAUCAUUUAUCCAAUUUGUGAAAGUGUCCUGUUUCAUGAUAUGCUUCUAAUAAUUUUGUCAGAAUGCAGAAAGAUGAUCUAUUGAACUGUUCUAAGGAGAUUAGGCAUAAUACUCCAGAAUCCAAAUAUUAGCUACUUUCAAUAUCUAUCAACAGGUAGCAAGGAUUUGUUUAUGAAUGCUUUGAUUAAUUACCAAUUCUCAUUUGUUUUGUUUAUAAACAAUUUUUUGCUUUUCUCUCACAAACAGAAUGAAUGCUAAUUUGCUUUUCUCCCC